CCGGAAGUGCGGCGCGGCGGUUCCGUUGGCGGCGGCGGUGAUGAGCGCAGAGUGGCCGUGGCAAUACAGCUUCCCCCCGUUCUUCACGUUGCAGCCCAAUGUGGAUACGCGGCAGAAGCAGCUGGCGGCCUGGUGCUCCCUGGUGCUGUCCUACUGCCGCCUCAGCAAGCAGUGCAGCAUGACGGUCAUGGAGGCGCAGGACAGCCCACUCUUCCACAACAGGAAGCUGCAGCGGAAACUCCCCAUGGAAUCUAUACAGGUCGUGCUAGAAGAGCUGAGAAAAAAGGGAAACCUAGAAUGGUUAGACAAGAACAAAUCCAGUUUCUUGGUCAUGUGGCGGAGACCGGAAGAAUGGGGGAAGCUCAUUUAUCAGUGGGUGGUGAAGAAUGGCCUGACCAACUCUGUAUUCACACUAUAUGAGCUGGUCAAUGGAGAUGACACAGAGAAUGAAGAGUUCCAUGGCUUGGAUGAGUCCAUACUACUUCGUGCCCUGCAAGCCUUACAGCAAGAGCACAAAACUGAAAUUAUCACAUUGGAUGAUGGCCGAGGCGUCAAGUUCUUUUAAACCCCUCCCUUCCCAUCUCUUCUGACUGCUAAAGCAUUUCUAGCUUUGAAGGUUCAAUCUCCAGCUAUGGCAUUGAGUCGUGACUGGAAGCAGCUGCAUAUUCUGGAUUUCUUGGGGUGAAGAGAAGCUGUAAAGUCUUUCAAAGACAUGACAUUUUAGAAGUCUUCAGAGAUCCUGCCUUUUUCUUCUCCCUGUUGAUUUUGUUUAUGAGAGGGAUUAAAGCUGCUCUAGGAAGAUUCUAAGGGGACCACUCUAGGAGUGAAGUGGAACCACUUUGCCUCUUGAUUCCUGUUCCCAAGAAAGCAGCCGAGGAGCAGGCCUUGGCAAGCCAAUUGGUUGGUGGCUGGUUAGCCAGGUUUGGCUUUCAAGGGGCAGCUCUCUCUGCCUUCUUGGUCACAGCUGGGCUCUGCAGCCAUCUUCUGCAUUGCAGUGUGUGGUGAGAGUGAGCACAAAACCAUUUCCAACUUCUGAGUUCUAAACAGUCUAUGGAAUAAUGUGAUGCUUGCUGUGAAACAGACUCUGCAGGUAUGUUGGGGGCAGGUGCUGGGGGAAUUAAUUUGAAUAAUUAAAAUGAGAUCUGUUUAUAGACCA